AUGUACGUAAACGCGGCGAACCUAUCGCUGUACUCACUGGUGAUAAUGGUGUGGAUCAGCUCGCAGAUCGAUGGCGUGAUGUCCGCCAAAGACUACUACGAACUGUUGGGCGUCGGGAGGGACGCCUCCGUGAAGGACAUCAAGAAGGCGUUCCGGAAGUUGGCGGUGAAGUAUCAUCCGGACAAGAAUAAGGCCAAAGAUGCUGAGGAGAAGUUCCAGGAGAUCGCCAGAGCCUAUGAGGUGUUGUCUGAUGCGGACAAACGUCGGCGCUAUGACCAGUUGGGUGACGACGACGACAGUCUUCGCUCUGGCGGCGGACAACACUUCAACUUCAAUGACUUCUUCAAGGACUUCGACCAACACUUCAACUAUCACUCACAUCACGACAGCCAUCAUCAGCAGCAACACCACAAUCACCAGCACUUUGACCACCAU